UGCAUUGUAUAUAUUGAUUUUUUCUAAUCUCGUAUUUAUAAACUCUUCUUCGAUAAAUCGAUCAAUCCUAAAAAUUCACAGCGGAAUGUCCCCAAAAUGUCAGCUAAAAAUAUACCACGGUAUUUCCACAUUACCAGAUUACACUCCGUGCUGUAGUUUACACAGAUAAUAAAAACAUAAACGCUUAACGGAUCUACCUAUGUAUGAAAGUAUAAGAUAGCACUAAUAUGAAGAAACUUCGGAUUUUCGGAAACGGCUUAUCAAAAUCCGUUAAUCGAGAAACCCGCCACUGAACGGUGGCAAGAAAUCAUCGAGGUCAAGAUAUCAUCAAGAAUCGUAUAGUCAUAGUCUGCUUUAAACAGUCGAUAAGUAAACGAGAUGUUCUGUAGUUCUUAAAAUUAAUUCCAAAUAAAAAAUAUGUUCCUCUUGUGGCUGUGUUUACUGUCGAUAGCGGCGCCGAUUUACGGCCAAUUCGUCAUUCCCAAGCUCAUAAUCGAAGCUUUCCAACCGGCGGGAUUCAGGGUUGCUUUGGACGAGACGCCGGGUGUGCAAAUGUUCGCCUUCCACGGCAGUAUCAACCAGGAGUUGAUGUUGAACCAGCCCGGCGAUUUUUCCGGCGAAAUUCUAAAACCGUCAAAGGACGGACGUUUCGUUUACGACAAUCCGGAUUUGCGGUUGAAAGUCGGCGAUACGGUGUAUUAUUGGAUAUACAUCCAGCAUGACGGCUUGGGAUUCAGAUUGGACAACCAAACGUGGAGAGUCACAGCUUUGAGAUCGAAGAAUGAACUAGUGUGUAAAGCUAGCGCGACAGUGGUGUCCAAUCGAAAGAGUGUGUGCAGCGGACAAGUAAUUUUUGAAGAUGAUUUCAGCGGAAAUUCGCUCAACACUAAUAAAUGGCUACUGGAACAGUACAUUCCAACGCAGCCAGAUUACGAAUUCAACAUCUAUGUUAAUGAUAGUUCAGUAACCAGCAUUCAUGACAAUCGGUUGACCAUCAGGCCGAAAAUUCGCAAUGAAGAUCUCAAGGAAGAGUGGUUGGAUCUAUCAGAUGGAUGUACUCGCAUUCCAUCCAGAAGGGCUAAAUGCAGAAACAAGCUCUAUAUGCUGCACCAUCCGAUCGCCUCCGCUAGAUUAGUAUCUAAAGUGAAUUUUCUGUACGGAGAGGUGGAAGUUAGAGCUAGAUUACCAUCGGGAGAUUGGAUGUAUCCAGAAAUAUAUUUAGAAGACGAAAACAACCAAAAACUAAUAAUAGCCUACGCUAGGGGCAACACAGUUCUACUAGGAAACGACGCAUCGAACGAUUUAGGAGGAACAUUGCUAUUCGGCGGGCCGAUUGUAAAUGAUAGAGAACCGGAAAGAAGCAGCCAUUUGAGUUCCUACAAAACUCCAACACCUUUAAGUUACAAUUUCCAUACGUACAAACUAAAAUGGACCGCGGAAAAACUCGAAUUAUAUUUAAACGACAACAAGUACGGCUCGAUAGGACAAGAAGUGCUCAAAUCAACUGGAUUUUCCAGCGAUCCUCUCAAGGUCCACCUGGUGCUGGGCGUAGGCGUCGGAGGAAUCACGGACUUCCCCGACGGCUUCAAAGGCAACUACGACAAACCUUGGAAGAAUUCCGAAAUCAACCAAGUGAAGAAAUUCUACGAAAACAGGAGUAAAUGGGAGCCGAGCUGGUUUUACGGUGGAGAGCUGCUCGUCGAUUACGUUAAAAUCACUGCCAUUUGAUUAUAUUUUCUUAGAAAUAAUAACGAAAAUUCAAAGAAAUAAUUUAUUCGACCGAUUUUUUAUUUCGGUUUGAUCGAGCCAUUAAACGAAAUUAAAUUAUUUGAAAUUUGCACAUUAGCCUCUAGACUCUAGACGAACAAAAAUUUUUUAAAACACUGAAACGAAUUAAAUUAAAUACAAGCAAACUAUAGUGGAAAUACUUUUAGCUUCAAGUAACAGCUUAUACCGGUAUCGUUUGAUAGGCGAUUCCAUUAUCCAUGCUAACUAAAAAUUAAAAUAAGUCUUUUAUUAGAGCAAUGGCAAAUGCACAAAACAAACAUCACAUCUUACUUUGUAUGUGAUUAUUCUCCACCCCGUUAACACCUAGGUCUUGUUGAUUUAUGAACGAUAGAGUACCAUUUUGGGAUAAAUCGUGCGAUCCGGCGACGCCGCAUUGCGUCAAAGUGGAACUGUAGACGAAGUUAUUAAUUUUAGAUCCCAUCAAUCCGAUCUGAUCGCCCAAUUCCCCGUUCGGACCGGGACUGAUCACCGACAUCGACAAUUGACCGGCGAGAUCGCUUCGUUGAAUCACAGUCGCCACUACGGGUAUUUUUAUUUGAACGGUACAACCGGUUUG